UCUGCAAGAGGAGACCUGCAUUCACACUUGGGCAACUUGCUCCUCACAAUCCACCCUAUUUCUCCUCAACUCCUGCCACCAUGACUCGUUUCUUCUGCUGUGGAAGCUACUUCCCAGGCUAUCCUUGCUAUGGAACCAACUUCCACAGGACCUUCAGAGCCACCCCCCUGAACUGCGUCGUGCCCCUGGGCUCUCCCCUGAACUAUGGUUAUGGAUGCAAUGGCUACGGCUCCCUGGGCUAUAGCUUUGGCGGUAGCAACAUGUACAACAGGGGCUGUUGCUACGGUGGCAGCUGCUGCAGGCCAUGGGGCUCUAAUUCUGGCUUCGGCUACAGCACGUACUGAUGGACCAAUGGCUCCAGACAACUGUAGAACUCUCCAUCGCUUCUCUGUGUGCGAAACAACCUGAAGAGCAACGGACGGCUGUCUUCUUGCCUCCAGAUGUGCUUGGGAGAUAUCUCUUCCACCUUGCUGCUUUCUUACUGAGGCCCUGGUCUUUGAUGAUGCUGAACAAGGCAACCAGACAUCAGAUGCUGAACUGAUUCUCACCUUACAGCCAAAGAAAGCAAGAUGUAUUUCUCUGACAUACCUGACUUUCAGCAGUGAAGCAAGUCGUUUGUCUCUUUUAGUUACUUUGCUCAUGUACUGUUAAAUUCUACAUCAACAUCAAUGUAUUACAAUAGGGUGUGGGUAGGAAGGGGUUUUGCUGUCAGUCUCUCAAUAAAUCUAUUUCAUUCAGCACAAA